UUUACAAUAUGGCUGACAGGGAAAGAAGAAGACGAAGUCCUAUAAAUGCAAAAUCCAAGUCAAGAUCGCGUUCGCGGUCCCCGAUUCAACGUGUACAAAUUAAAGCCGUAGAUAGAGAAAAGACAUGUCCUUUGCUGUUGAGAGUAUUCUGGACAGAUGGAAGACAUCACAGACCUGAAGAAUUUUUCAGAACUGUGCCAUCAAACGAACUACAAAUCUAUACAUGGAAAGAUGCAACCCUCAAGGAGCUUAUGACACUGAUCAAGGAGGUCAAUCCUGAUGCUAGGAAGAAAGGAACAACAUUUGAUUUCGCAACAGUCUUUCCUAACCCACGUCAACCUGGUUUCUUGCUUAAAGAACUUGGAACAACAACCGCUGGUAAAAAGAGCCCUGCAGAUACCAUCACUUUGGAAUCAAAGAAGUUUCAAAUUGGAGAUUAUAUUGAUGUGGCUGUACAGUAUCCCAGACCAAUAAGGCAUUGACAUUUGCCUGAAGAAAAAUUUUAGCUUUUAAACGUCUUUGACUAUUUGAUAUGAAUGUUCUUAUAAGGCAUGCUCACUUCUUGAAACAAUGUAUAUACAUAUUUGCUGUUGAGAUUAAUAAUAGCAUUGCUUUAAAAUA